CUAGUUAUUAUUGUAUUGUUUUUAUUUUUAUUACGUUUUGGUACCUGUGCUGUGUGUGUAGCACAAAAGUGUGCUCCGUUUAUAACCGUAUAAUUUUCGUUGGAACUUAAGUGUGGUUAGCUAACUGCUAACGUGCUAGCCGUGUAACUUAGCAACAACAGUGGUUUGCUAGCUGUGGCUACAUUAAAAUGUCUGGUGGUUUUUAAGUUGAUUUAAAUAAAGAAGACUGAUGUGAGAAGAACUAACCGUUAAUAUGUCGCUCAGGAAGGAAGUAUUUCAGGCGAAAGUCCUGCAGAGACUUUACCCAGCUCCUCCGAAUCCAGAAAAAGUUCUCGACUCUGCAGUUCAUCAUCCUGAAACCUUUAAAUCAUCUAACACCACUAAACCAAAGACCAGGAACACAACUGCUAACAUCGGAGCGCCCACUUCAUCCGGCAGGAAGGUGUACACCGCCCUCCCUCCUCCUCAAGACUACGUUCCUGCCCACGGAGAUGGAUCAGCAACCCCAUCCCGUCCGGAACCCGUCGAUAAUGCAAACGAGGCGACCAGUUCAGAUGACCACAGCGGCCCCGAAGACGAGGGCCACGUGAGGAAGAGGAGGAAGAGAAGGAGGAAGCAAAAAGCCGCUGGACUCUCAGAGACACCCGGAGGGGACGCAGAGGGGCCCGAGCACCUCAGCCGGAACAAGAAGAGGAAGCUGAAGAAGAAGCGGCACAGAGAGAAGCUCCGGACCCUCGUGCCCCGCCCGGCCGCCCUGGAGUUCACCUAUAAACACACGGAGGAGGAGGAGGAGGAGGGAGGCGAUGAAGAACAAUUGCAGAAGGUGGAAGAUGUUCUGGAGUUCCUUCAGUCCACGUACGACCUCUACGCUUCAGAUCGCUCCCGGGCGCCCGGCGUCCCCUCUGUUCUCUCUGUCAGCGCCGCAAAGUCGCUCUUCGCUAAUCUGUCGGCGGGUACGUCACCCCCCGCCGUUCUCUCCGACCUGUGCCGGUUCAGAGCUCUGCUGGUUCAGGCGGACACGGUCCGGUUACACAAGGAGCUGCAGGAGUUCAGGUCCGGUUCCACGCUGCCCGCCGAUGAGACUGACCUCAUCUGCACUCUCUUCAACUACUGGAUAACUGAAGUUCUGCCCCUGCAGACGGAGAAGACGUGACAUUCGCACACAUCUACUGGUCUGCAGCUCCGUCCCAAGAUUUUUUUGAACACAUCUGGGGUCUCAGCUCUGCUACCGGCCGCCUGGGCGCCCGCUAGCAGGCACGAUUAGCAGUGCAGAAACGUGCAGCAGACAAAGUCGGCCACUAAAGUCUGCUGGGUGGGAAAAGACGGGACUAAAAACGCUGUGUAAGGACCCUGGUUAGUAGCCCGAGGCGCCUGUACAGAAGUGGAGGAACUCCAAGGUCUCCAGCAGCAGAAGACUAAUGGGCUACAAUAUAAACCAGGAGAAAAAGGGAGAAAAUACAGAAAUAAAAAAGCAAAAAAAUUAAUAAA